AUUUAUACAUGACAUAUAGCUAGCCUAGUUGGCCAAGUUGCUGGAAAUCAGUUCAUAUCAGUUCAGAUAUUUGUCUAGAAGUUUUAUUUCCCCCCUACAUAAUUCCUUAGUUUUUCUUUUCAUAGGAGAAAAAAAAAAAUCUUCUACCAGCAAACACAUCCAGCCCAAACAAACAAGCAAACCAGAUAGGAAAAGAUGAAUACCAAACAGGACGCGGAGCAAGGUGAGAACAGCUUCCAAGAGGAGGUAAGGGUGCCACUAAUACAAUACCGCAGGGAUUUAGCUGAUGAAGAAGAUCAAAGAGACAAAAGCAGCAAAGGGCAUCAAUGGAUGGUUUAUCUCAGCACCUUUGUUGCAGUUUGUGGUUCUUAUGCAUUUGGAGCCUGUGCAGGUUAUUCAUCACCAACUCAAUCUGCAAUUGAGGAAGAUCUCAGUCUAUCGCUAUCAGAGUAUUCGUUGUUUGGCUCCAUACUGACUUUCGGUGCAAUGAUUGGUGCAAUUACGAUUGGUCCCAUUGCUGAUUUCGUUGGUCGCAAAUGGGCAAUGAGAAUUUCAAGCGCUUUCUGUGUUGCCGGCUGGCUAGCCAUUUACUUUGCUGAGGGUGCUUUAGCUUUGGACAUUGGAAGACUAGCAACAGGAUAUGGAAUGGGAGCCUUUUCCUACGUGGUACCAGUAUUUAUAGCCGAAAUAGCACCCAAGAAUCUGCGAGGAGGAUUGACAACCCUAAAUCAGGUUAUGAUUUGUACUGGUGUGUCUGUUUCCUUCAUAAUUGGGACGGUGAUCACAUGGAGGGCUUUAGCGUUAUCAGGAAUAAUUCCCUGUGCAAUUGUGCUAUUGGGUCUCUUUCUCAUCCCAGAGUCUCCCAGAUGGUUGGCAAAGGUGGGAAAGGAGAAAGAAUUUGAAUCUGCAUUACAGAAACUGCGGGGAAAGGAUUUUGAUAUAUCUCAGGAGGCAGCAGAGAUCCAAGAUUAUAUAGACACUCUUCAACGGCUUCCAAAAGCCAAAGUGUUGGAUUUGUUUCAAAGACGAUACUUGCGCUCAGUCACUAUUGGAAUUGGACUGAUGGUCUGUCAACAACUGGGGGGAAUCAAUGGAAUCUGCUUUUAUGUCACCAGUAUUUUUGAGGCAGCAGGAUUUCCUUCCAACCUUGGAACGAUAAUCUAUGCGUGUAUUCAGGUGCCUAUUACUGCACUUGGUGCACCCUUCAUAGACAAAGUUGGAAGAAAACCACUCUUACUGGUUUCUGCAUCGGGAUUGGUCCUAGGUUGUAUGCUGACAGCAAUUUCAUUCUAUCUCAAGGUUCAUGAACUAGCACUCGAGGCAUCACCCAUACUGGCUGUAACUGGCAUACUGGUAUACAUCGGAUCAUUUUCGAUAGGAAUGGGAGCAGUUCCGUGGGUUGUAAUGUCUGAGAUAUUUCCUAUAAACAUCAAAGGAGUAGCUGGAGGCCUAGCAACACUGGUGAAUUGGUUCAUUGCAUGGCUAGUGUCCUACACUUAUAACUAUCUCAUGUCCUGGAGCUCUUAUGGUACAUUCAUCCUUUACAGUGCAAUUAACGCACUGGCCAUCGUGUUUAUUGUUAAAGUGGUUCCUGAAACGAAAGGGAGAACUUUGGAAGAAAUACAAGCUGCCAUCAAUGCUUAAGAAAACCAGAAGGGAGAGAAAUUACUCUCAGAGAGGUACUAAUUUGAAAUUUUGAGUACUCCAUUCAAUUUUUCAAGGGAGAGAAAAUGGUUAAAAGCCCCAAGGGUGUUGUUUGAUUGAUAGAUGAAUCUCAGAUUUUCAGUAUUGAAACAGUUUAGCGAUCCCUGUGUCAAAGGCUAAUGUUUCCGAAAGGGAAUUGAAUUGGUCAAGGUUCACUUUAUGUCUCCAAGGACAUUAUGUCUAUCUUAAAUACUUCUCGCAUAGGCAUUUAGGCUUCCGUACA